AACCUGCUGCUGUCCAUUUCAUUUGUUCUUUCUGGGGUAGGUUUCCAAGUUGAGGCUCUAGAUUAAGUUCUCCUUCACUCAUUGGCUUCAUGCGGAUAAUUUUCAACAUCAGAAGGUAGGGGCUCUGCUUUGGACCAGAGUGAGGAUGGAUGAGGAGGAAGUCUUUCUCCAACCAUUUCUAAAUAGAAAAAAUUACAUUCCUACCAGAGAUGAGAGGAUUCAAGAGAAAAGCCCAGUAUACAUGAACUUGAUAUCUGGAAGUGCUGAUGCUGAAAACCAGUAUGACACUGUAUUGUCACCUGAGGAUCCAGGAGAUCGGGACUCCAUAUUUGUGAUGCUUGAGGAGAAACUUGUCAGUUUUGUGAAAAGUGAGCUGAAAAGGAUCCAGGGAGAGUUAAAUGCGUAUUUCUCAAACUGCUUUGAAGAUGUGUAUGAGGAGUUAGGGGAUGAUGAGGAGGAGAAAUGGAGGAAGAGGAGCAGGGAGACAUUUCUGAAGAUCAUUCUUGACUUUCUGAAGAUCAAGAAUCAUGAGGGGCUGGCUUACCGUCUGCAGAACAGAAAAACUCUUCAAGAAUGCCAAUAUGAACUGAAGUCUAACCUAAAGGAGAAGAUCCAGUGUGUGUUUGAGGGGAUCACUAAAGCAGGAAACCCAACUCUGGAAACUCUGGAUCAGUUCUACACAGAGCUGUGCAUUAGUGAGGAAGUGGAUGUAAAGGUCAACGAUGAACACGAGGUCAGACAGAUCAAAACAACAUCCAGAAAACCAUACAGACCAAAAACAACCAUCCAAGAAGAAAACAUCUAUGAAGUCUCACCUGGAAGAGAUGGAUCAAUCAGAACAAUAAUGAUUAUGGGCAUAGCUGGCAUCGGGAAAACAGUCUUAACACAGAAGUUCACUCUGGACUGGGCUGAAGGCAAAGCCAACCAGGACAUCCAGUUCACAUUCCCAUUCACUUUCAGAGAGCUGAAUGUGCUGAAAGAGAAAAAGUUCAGCUUGGUGGAGCUUGUUCAUGACUUCUUCACUGAAACCAAAGAAGCAGGACUCUGCAGGUUUGAAGACUUCCAGAUCAUGUUCAUCUUUGACGGUCUGGAUGAGUGUCGACUUCCUCUUGACUUCAAAAACAACCAGAUCUUGACUGAUAUUACAGAAUCGACCUCAGUGGAUGUGCUGCUGACAAACCUCAUCAGGGGGAACCUGCUUCCAUCAGCUCGCCUCUGGAUAACCUCACGACCUGCAGCAGCCAAUCAGAUCCCUCCUGAGUGUGUUGACAUGGUGACAGAGGUCAGAGGGUUCAGGGACCCUCAGAAGGAGGAGUACUUCAGGAAGAGAUUCAGAGAUGAGGAGCAGGCCAACAGAAUCAUCUCCCACAUCAAGAUAUCCAGAAGCCUCCACAUCAUGUGCCACAUCCCAGUCUUCUGCUGGAUCACUGCUACAGUCCUGGAGGAUCUGCUGAAGACCAGAGAGGGAGGAGAGCUGCCCAAGACCCUGACUGAGAUGUACAUCCACUUCCUGGUGGUUCAGACCAAAGUGAAGAAGUAUGCUGGAAGAACUGGGAUUCCACGCUGGAAUAAAAAGAGCAGGAGGAUGAUCAAGUCUUUGGGAAAACUGGCUUUUGAGCAGCUGCAGAAAGGAAAAAAAUUAGACUUGAUGGAGUGUGGCAUCAGUGAAAGAGUAGCCUUGCGGUACUUGAGUGAGUUCAAACAGAUCUUUAGAGAGGAGCAAGGACUGUACCAGGACAAGGUGUUCUGCUUCAUCCAUCUGAGCAUUCAGGAGUUUCUGGCUGCUCUUCACGUCUGUCAGAUUUUCACUAACUCUGGAGUCAACCUGAUGGCAGAAGGAAAGACAACCUCAAGAAUCUGUAAAAUUGCUCGAGAACGUAAACUUCAGCACCUCCAUCAGAGUGCUGUGGACAAGGCCUUAAAGAGUCCAGACAGACACCUGGACUUGUUCCUCCCCUUCCUCCUGGGUCUUUCACUACAGACCAGUCAGAAUCUCCUGAAAGGUCUCAUAACACAGACAGGAAAUAGCUCAGAGACCAAUCAAGAAAUGGUCCAGUACAUCAAGGAAAAGAUCAGUGAGAAUGUGUCUGCAGAGAAGAGCAUCAGUCUGUUCCACUGUCUGAAUGAACUGAACGAUCCUUCUCUGGUGGAGGAGAUUCAACAGUCCCUGAGAUCAGGAAGUCCCUCCACAGAUGAACUGUCCCCUGCUCAGUGGUCAGCUCUGGUCUUCAUUUUACUUUCAUCAGUAGAUGAUCUGGAGGUGUUUGACCUGAAGAAAUAUUCUGCUUCAGAGGAGGCUCUUCUGAGGCUGCUGCCAGUGGUCAAAGCCUCUAACAAAGCUCUGUAG